AAUGGACGAGGAUAACCCCACAGUCUCCAGGCUCUGCACAGUAUUCCAACAAAUGGACGAAACGGCCAUAGAAAGCUUUUUUGCCUUCCCACUAUUGCGCGCGGCGCUCCGAUGCGUCUAUCCGUUCUCAGACUUUUGCAGGAACAUGAGGGAAGUCUCAAACGAUGUGCUUAAAAUUUUGAACUGGCGAAGAAGUCCGAAGGCACCGCGAGAGAAAGAUGUGCUUCAGUACCUGAUCGACCUCCAAACGGCAAACGAAGGCGCCACAGAAAAAACGAGGAGAUACGCACGUGCCCUUAACGACAGCACCCUGUUGUCAAAUAUUAUCAUGUUGUUAGCCGUUGGCUUCGAUAGCACCUCUUCUUCGCUGGCUUUCGUGUUCUACUUGCUGGCAAAACACCCAGAAGAGCAAGAAAAAAUUCGCGCCGAGGUGGUGGCAAAAAUGGAAAGCUUAAAAGCUACAAAAACAGACCGCGUCAAUGACCAAAGUACUCCGUCAGAGCAACAGCCACCAGAGAAGCCAGAUAUAAUCAAAAUGCUUCACAAGAACAACGCUUCUCAGUUCUACGAAACGGACAAAAGCCACCAAAAGCCACAGGGGCAAAUGCAGUCUAACGCAAGUGAUGCAACGCGCCGGGACGACACAGUCACAGGAAAUGCAAACAUUGAAGAAACGCUCCAGGAGUGCACUCUCGAAGCAGACGACAUACUAACCCUCGAGCGUCUGGACAUGGUUGUACGCGAGGGACUACGCCUUUACCCCGCACUGCCGGUCAUGAUCUUGCGCGAGUGCUCCCAGGACACGACAGUCUUGGGUCAAUAUAUUCCCCGUGGGACAACGCUCGUCGCUCCCCCUUGGCACAUCCACAGAGAUCCGAAGAUAUGGAGUGAUCCGGACGAAUUUAUUCCUGACAGGUUCGCGAAGAGAGAGCAAAGCACCCUGUCUUCUACGUACUUUCCCUUCGGCCUCGGAUCACACAUUUGCUUGGGCCAAAGACUAGCUUUGCUGAUGAUGAAAACUGUUCUGUACAAAACGAUUUAUGCGUUUGAGCUGAGCUUGAGUGCAGAGGAGUCAGGCCCUAUGAAAGUGAAAGUACCGGGCCUCUUACUAAAUCCUGUUGACCCAUUGCGGCUUCAAUUUAAGCGUAGGUCAGGUGCACGCAAAAGUUGAUUUAAUUCGGAUAUGGCUCAUCUGUUUCUCAC